CGGCAAUCGCGCGCCAACCUCUGCCGCGGGAGGGCGCCGGCGUCGCCCGCCACGUUCCUUUACUACGCAGUACGCACGUGCUUACCCUGCUACAAAUAUACCGUUGACGUGAAUAAUGAAUAAAUAGAUUCUACAUUUGAAAUUGAUAACGUAUGCUUACAUUUGAAAUGGGCUAGUGGUAAAAAUGCAAAAUGACUUAUAAAAAAGUGAAAAAACGAUUCGGACUCUAAAACUAGUGUUUGCUAGCAAUGAGGAAGUAACACUGAAUAAAAUGGAUGACAGCUCACCAGAUUUGUCGCUGCUGCGACGCGGCUCGAGCGAUUCCGAGUCGUUCUAUAUGGAUUUCGCUCAAGGCAUAGACUCUGAUAUCGAGGAAGUGACGACGAUAGAGCGCGUCAUCCCGGAACAUCCUGGCGGAAGAACCGAGGGUGAUGCGGAUACGCUUGCAACGCCGUCCUGCCUCGAUGAAAACAAAGAGCUAGCGCAAUGUUGUUAUUCCAUUCCGGCAAACAACAUGUCUGGCGGAUCUCACGUCUCACGGGGAACGUUUGGCGGGGCGGAAUCCGAGAUAUCUGGAGGCAGUGCACCUCCGUUGCCGAGUCCAGCGUCUGCUGGUGCGGCACUGGUAUCUCCAGAGACGCUCAGCCGCCACAGCAGUCCACCACCUCUACCACCGCACCCUUCGCACCAGCUACCGGCUCCUUCGUGUUCUUCACAUCGAGUGCAUUUGGAAUCUCCGUUAAGAGAAUUCGCUUACAAAUGUGGCAAUUCUUACAAUAAUUACAUUGGAUACACCCGACGACCAUCCCGACCAUCUGCAGCUAUACAGCAUAUGCACGUGAUAAGCGCGAGCGAUGCAUUAGCGACAACACUAUCAGCCCUCUACGGGAAGCUGUUGGUCGUGAUGGGUGUCGCUUUCCCGAUGGCCGAGGUCAUCUCGACGUACAUCCCACCCUCCUUUUAUGAGGGAUUCUACCUGUAUCUAUACAUUGGAAGCAUGGUGUUCCUUCUGUACAUGUAUGCGGCGCUGGUGAGGGACAGGUCUCGCUCGGCAGCCGACAACGCUGUUGUUGCAAAAUCAGAAUCAAGUUCGUCGCCAUCGGAAUCGGACUCCUGUUCAUCCCGCACGGAGCGUAGUACUGCUACUGCGGCCCACGCUCUCCCUCAGCUGUCGGUCAAGCGACUGUCCCUGGGCUUCGCACUGGCCACGCGAACACAUCAUUACGGCAGCUUCUACCUACGGAUGGGUGCGGUUGCAUUUGGCAUCGGUUCCAUGAUCUACUCCGGGCUGGAGUUCGGCCAGUACUGGGAGCUUGAGAGGAAUACUAAUUGCCACAACGUGCUGCUAGCCCUCACGCCGGCUACGCGGAUGGCGUUCAUAUUCAUUCAGAUGUACUUCAUCUUUCUUAAUAAUGAGAUGAAAGUAUACAAACACAAGAUAGUAGCCCGGUUUGGACUGAUGCACAUGGUGGGGACGAAUCUCAGCGUGUGGCUCAACGUGCUGGUACAGGAGACCAAACACGAAAUACUCACCUUCUACGACCCUGAGAACAAGACCAUUGGAUUGUCUCAUCGUCUUGCGUUCCAGAAAGCCUUCGCGUCGUUGGCGACUGAGGUGCCGCCGUCACACCCCGCGGCGGCUCACCUCCGAGUGCCCCGAGGGUUGAAAGGACCUCACCACAUUUUCGAGUGCCGUCGAACUAACAUAAUGGGCUCGUUAGUCCAGGAUGCUUCACCAUUCUUGUUUCCGUGUACCAUUGAAUAUUCCCUUAUUUGUGCAGCCAUUCUUUAUGUUAUGUGGAAGAAUAUAUCUAAAUAUCCCUCGAAAGAUGUUGCUGCAGCUAUUGCCAAGGCUCGUUUACUCGAAGGUUUGGCUUAUAAAAAAUCACCUCACCUUUACAGCGUUGACUGCGCUAGAGCCCACAAAGGGUUAUUUUUUGGAAUACUCGUAUUAGUCCUUACUAUUAUUUCUCUAAUUUUGUUUUUUGUUCUCGUGUCACGAAAAGAGUACGCGUCGUUGGCAGUAGUUGAAGUGAACAUGUGCGAGUUAGCGUUAUAUGCUAUGACAACAUUUGCCAGUUUGGCCGGAAUGGUUUGCGUUCGAAAACUGAAAUACGACGGAAACAGAAAUCUCGAACUGGAUAACAUUCUUCUCGUCGGAGCUCAAACUGGAAUGUUCAUCUACGGCACAUUCACGAUCAUCGGAGGACACUUCACGAUAGAGAAGAACACAAUUUUGAUACUAAUAACAGCGUUGUCGUCCCUAAUACAAACGACGUGCCAAACGAUGUUCAUACUAGACGCGAGCCGAAGAUCGGCGAAGACGCCCGAACAGUUACGAAAGAAACCAGGCAGGGAGAUAGUGACGUUCUUGUUGGUGACCAAUUUGGCGAUGUGGGCGAUCAAUACGUUGGAGAAGUCUCGAGCGGAAUCCCAUCCAGUACAGUUGCACUUCUACGGACUCUGGGCCUGGACGAUCAUAACACACGUGUCGAUGCCGUUGGCGAUAUUCUACAGGUUCCACUCAACAGUGUGCCUGUGCGAGAUCUGGAAGCGGGCGUACAAGAUGAAGCCUGCCUACAUGUAGCGACCGGCGCGAAGGUACUAGAACACAGAUCUGUCACAGACUGUGGUACUUUCGGAAAUGGGAAUGAAACUCGUAGAUGGGUAUUAGUGCCAUAGCUUCGUGUUUAGGUGAAUACCGGAUAGAAAUUAAUUUCUUUAAAUAUGUAGGAGCAUCGUUAUAGUUUAUCAUCCGGUGUGCGUCACCUCGAUUAGUUUCCACGUUGACUGCUGUAAUGUUAAGUUAUUGUAUUUGAAAUAUUUUAAUGUGUUAUUUAUUUGUAGCUUUAUCGGAUGCUUUAACUAUAAUAGCUGGACUGAUGCGUUGUUCGAUUUACAGUAUUUCAAAUGAUAAACGGGUUGGAUUUUAUUGAUUUAGCGCUUUAUAUUUAGAUGUUAUUAUUUCUGUGACUCGUAGCAUAUAAUGUAUUGUUAAAUAUAUUUAUGAACCUAAUGAUAAGUUCGUGUUCGCUCUUCUAAAUCCUGUUCGAAUAGUUACGUAAGUAAGUGUAGAUGUUAAUAUAUGAUAGAUCGCAUUUCACAUUCCAAGGUUUUCAACACUGUCUGCUGUCAUGUAAAAUAGUUUCCGCACACUGAUUCAAAAGAUAUGUCUUCCAUUAGGUUACGUUGUUUUGUACACGUUUUAUUUACGGCAUUUUUCCUAACGCGUGUUUGAUGAAUAUUCCAUAGCUACAGUGGGAACAAGAAAUUAUCGACCUAAUGAAUAUUUUUUUGAGCCAUUUUGAUUACGGUACGCUGUAAUCCAUACGGAUAUAAUAUGAUAAUAACAUUUUAUUAUGAGAAGCGUAAUUCAUAGUCUGAUCGAAUAGAAAUUUUGUAGCGAUAUUUUUGCAAUAAAAUGUAGUGACAGUAUUUUGGAUGCAUUUUUUAUCCGUAGCAAUAUUUGCGUGCCGAGGACCCGUAGUUAGAUAAAGGUAACACCAAAGUUUUAUAAAGUAGGGAGUUUUGGAGCUUAUUACGAUAGAUGUCAGAUGUUACGGAUAGAAACUUAUGAACUCGGUCGUUUACACUAAUGCAUUAUUAUUCGAUAGACUUAGCUAUUUCGUCCAGUGCAUUCAUAUUUUAACGUAUAGCGUGUUUAUUUACAGAAAAUUAUAUACAAAGGCAGUAUUCUGUUUUAUUUGCAACAAUAUUUUGUAAAAUAGAUUUUAAAACGAAGUAUAGAAACGAUUCAAUCACUGAAUUUGUUCUUUGCUCUUUGUAAUUAUAUGCCAGGAAUUAUAUUAGCGUAUUUCGAUGUUUACAUUUUAAUGUAUCAGUAGAUGUCUUAACUCUGUAACAAAUUAGUAAAUAGUUUGGUAGGUAAUAAGUUCUUUCUUUUGCUCAAUAUUUGAAGCCGCCAUUUUAAAACGUAACUCAAAGCACCAAACAUUUUAAAAUAUUUUGUAGUGUCUUUAUUGUUAUAAGAUCCGACAUAUAAGAUAAGCUAAGGCGUUUAAUUUUAUUUCAUUGCGAUAAUUGUAUAUUAAGCAAUAUUUUUAAAAUAUACUUCUAUCAAUUAUAACUUAUAUUCCCCAUUUUUUCCUAUUUCGUAAUAAUAUUGUGACGAAGAUACGUAAGCACGGAAAUGGUAAUAGUUUUUCCUCUGCCUAUUUGUUUGUUUCGUUACUGAUUUUAUCAUGUGAAAUGUUUGGUGUUAAUAAAAUGAUACUGGCCAUUUUUAUAAUUUUUAAAUUUAGAAUACCAAAUUUAGAGACACGAGACAUCAAAAAAAAAAAAAAUUUACAGAACAAUUUUAAAGAAUCUAAUUCUGUUUUCAAAUAUUUCAAACACAUAUUUUUUAAAAUUAGAAUACGUUAGUGAUAGCUUACGUUCCUGUCUACAAAAGUUACUUCGCUUCAUUUCUCAAUGGUUUCACAAAACGAAACUUUUUGCUAAGUUCUAGUGAUAGAGUAUUUUAUACAGUCUUAUUGAGAUCAUAGAAUAGUUAUAGAGUAUUUUUUUAGACCUUGUAGAUGGUGUACGCGUAUGAGUAGACGGGAUAUAGUAAAACAUACCGAUAUUACUCUGUGGACCAAACUGUCCUGUAACAUAUUUGGAACACAUUGUACUAACCAUCAGUGUAGCCACUUAACUGUCAAACUGAGAUAAGUUUGAGUUCAAAGUGAACUUUCAAUAGUAUUUAUAGUGAACUACAUAUUUAUUUUAACAAGAUAAAUACUUAGUCCAAUAAAUCACUAAGGUUUCCUUCCACUAUCUGCAAGUUCUUUAAAAAAUGCAAUAUGUAAGUAUUCGAGUAUGACAAUGUUAGCUUUAAAUGUAAAUGUAACUUAUGACGUUUUGAACAACGGGAACACCAAUCUACAUUUUUUAAUUUUUUAAUAGCAAUAGGUGUUUGUACAUCUUGUAAUGGCUUUACUUCCUAAUAAUUGUGAGCUAGUUCCGUCAUGUGAUUUUUUUGUUUCGUUAGUCAUAUAAUUUAUAUCUACAUACAUAUUUAUAAAUAUUAUAUCGGUAUAUAGAUAUUUCGAACAUUUAAAUAAAGAACAUAUGGCUCGACGUUCGGCGAUUUGCGAUCUCACGGUAGUAUGUUCAUAUCACAAAAGAGGAUUUAAAUGUUUAUGACUACCAUGUUAAAUUGUAUCGGUGUUAGAUUUUGUUUGGAUUCGGAAGGAGUAGGAAUAAGGGAAGAUUAAAAAAAAGGAUUCGAAACAAUGAAUUGAAAAAUAUUGUUUAACUUUGGAGUAGACCAUAACCGGUAAGUGUUCGAAAUUUAAUUUGAAUUUCGAAUAUAAAAAUCUGUUGAUUGUUUCGAAACAUAGAUUAUAUUAUGAUUUCUCUAAAAAGGCCAUAACCAGAUAUUAAAAAUCUAUGUCUAAAAUAAUUUAAGUUUAGAACUAUAAUUUAUAGCGUAUAAUUGUGAGGACAUCAUGGUUUAAGCUUUAAGUUGAUAUUUUGUCAAUAUUGACUAACGUUGAUGGUAAUAAUUUAUGUAUCAAUUAUUUGUUUUAUAUAAAUUAUACAACGUAGGUGUAAGUAUUUUGUGUCAUUUUCCUAAAUUUUUGUAUAAUCUUGUAUAGAAUUAGGCUAGCUAUUUGUUCUUAUUUAUAUAGUUUGAUAACAAUAUACCUUUAUACCCAUACCUAUACCAAAUACUCGUUAACACUAUUAUGAGCAUUACGGCAUUAUUUAUAUUUUGAAAAACGCAUUAUGUAAAUUCAUAGUGAUACUAGAGUAAAGUUUUUAAUUAUAUUUGUGAACUAUUUAUUUGUUUAGCAGAGACUGUAUAGAUCUGGAUAGCAUUAAGAUCGUCUCGUUUGACGUUUCACGUUUACAAACAAAUAAAAACUUCCUUGAGAUUAUCCCAAAUAUCA